AUGCCAACAACAAGUGGAGACGAAGGCGAUUUCGGGCCUGAAACCCAUCGAGGUUUCUUUCAUCGUUCAUUAUCACCCCGCUCGUUCGAUAGACUACGCACCGAACAUAGCGACUACUUUUACAAGCCUAAACGUGGCCCGUCAGCGAGUAAAUCAAAUAUUACCAUAACAAGACCAAUUAAAACAUUCGAGACAGUCACUGAACUCGUUGAACUAUUAUCGAAAGGUAAUGCCGUUAAGAAACCUGAAAAAGCUUCCGUGGAAGAAAUGGAAUCACCGCCGCUAUCAAAGAAGUUCGAUGAUCAAAGAUCAACAUCGCAUUAUUCAAGUUUUUUAUCCAUGGAUGGAGGAGAUCUUUUCUCGUCAAGCCAUUCUUCCGCAUUUUCGUCUCGAACAAAUUCUUCCAUCUCCACCGUGGCUGAACAAGACACUCAAGUAAUUAUUAUCGAUGAACCGACGGUACAAGUGAAUCCUACGACUUCAUUAUCUUCGAUAUCCGAGCCGAAUAAAACCAGCACUGACGAAGUUAAUCAGAAUUAUUCGUUAUCUCCAUGUGAUGUACCAGCCAUUGGAUUGAAUAUCACAAGCACUGGUGUACAUCUUGUUUUGUUAGAACUCUAUCCUCAGAAUGUCAAUUAUUCUACCAUUGUUUUUCAACGUUACCUUAUAUCAUUAAUUCUUGACCAUGAACAUAAUGAUUGGUCAAUAUUGAAUGUGGAUUUACGGACAAUCACUGAACAAGAAGGCAACUUUCGUCUAUUUUCAUUAACACAUGAUGAAUUUCAACUGAUUCUCAUGCGUUUACAAUCAUUUGUGAAUUAUAACUCCUCGUUAGCAUCGUCAUUUGUUCUCAAUAUCGCACUUACUGGUGAACAAACAAGUGAAUAUGAGUCGAAAAUCUCCUCUCGCUUAAGUAAAAUCAAUUUAAAUUUCGAUAUUGUCCAAUAUCGUGCUGAAUCCUAUAUGAUUGGAUUAGACUUUCUACUUCAUAAACAAAAAUCUAUAGCUAACGAAAACGAAUUGAUCGAAAUAAUCAAUUCCAAUGAGAACACUCAUGACGACAAACAUCAACUUUAUCCUUAUAUACUGGUUCAUGCCGAAGCUGCUAGUACUUUUUUCUAUAUUGUCCAUUCAUCGAAUCAUUACUCAGUAGUCACAUCGAAUAAUCUAUGUUAUAAAACUUAUUCCAACUUAACGAAACUUCUUCAACCUGGUUUUGAUACGACAACUGACGAAGAAAUUCCAUCCACAUCAUCUUCUAAAAGUACUUAUCUAACAUCACCGUAUUCAUAUCGACGAGCAUCUCCUCCACCGUCUUUUGACGUCACUUGCAAAGAUUUAUGUAAAAAUUGUUCACGUUCAUCUUCCAUUCAUUUAUCUCAAAUUCCGAUCACAAGUUUCACUCGUAUAUCACAGCGAUACUUUCCAGAUGAUUAUACACAUUCGGACAAGCCACAUUAUAUCUAUCGUGGUUGGUCCAAUCGACGAAAUGCUUCUCACGAUAAGGAGAUUUGUACAUUUGAUGUUCAUACCCAAACAGAUGAUAGUUUCCUUCAAUCGUCAUCUGCGCCAACACGUCUCGCCAUACGUCGUUCAUUACUAUCGAUGUUUACAAUGAACAUCGCAUUAACGAUCAAAUUAAUUACGAAACUUUAUCCAUCUGUAAAGCGUUGUAUGUUAACGGGAGAAUUUUUUCAAUUAGAAAAGCAAGCUGCACAAGAUUUAUCCUUAUUUUUACAAUCAAUUCUAGGACAAACCGUUCUACAUGUUUGUCAAUUGAAACGCGAACCGCUUGUCGCAGCACUAGGCUGCGCACUUCCUCGACGUGAUCAAAAGUUAGUUCUGAAAGUUGCGCGAUUGAUUCCAUGUCCACAAGCUGAUUUAUUGAAUAUUACACUUCGUCUCUUGCUGAAUUUAUCGUUCGAUCGGGAUAUUCGAGCACAAAUUGUUCGUAUUGGUUUAUUGCCAAAAUUAGUCGAUUUGAUCGAUGAUGAUAAUCAACGUUUGAUUUCUCUGUGUUUAUUGUACCAUCUGAGUAUGGAUAAUGCAAACAAAGCUUUCUUCACGUAUACAAAAUGCAAUCAACAAUUGAUGAAACUCAUCAUCGAUUGUAAAGAAGAUACCGUUGAACCUGAAAUUAUUGCGUUAGCAAUUAAUCUCGCGUUGAAUCCUGGCUGUGCCGAACAACUGUGUGAAUAUAAGCAUGGCAAAGGUUUAAAGUUACUGAAGAAACGAGCCUAUAAACACAAAGAUUCAUUAAUCAUGAAAAUGAUACGAAAUAUUUCGUCACACGCAUCGCCCGAUAUCAAAAAUCAGUUCAUCCCAUUCGUUGGCGAAUUCGGUGAAACCUUAGUCACAGAAAAUGACGAAGCAUUUCUUACCGAAGUCGUGGGAACUUUGGCGAAUUUAACAUUACCUGAAAUUGAUUAUGAAGCAUUGAUGAGUGAAUACGGCUUAGUUAAUUGGAUCAAAUCAAAAUUGAAACCUGGAUCAAGUGACGAUGAAUUAUCAUUGAACGUGGUUAUUCUGGUUGGAACGCUUUGUGCUGAUGAUGCUUGUGCGGAAGUGUUAGCUAAGAGUGGGAUCAUCCAAAUCCUCAUUGAACUUUUACAUGCCCAACAAGAAGAUGAUGAAGUUGUUUUACAAAUAUGUUAUGUGUUUUAUCAGCUUUGCUUUCAUAAAUCAACUCGACAUGUGAUUAUUAAAAAAACUGACGCACCGGCUUAUUUGAUUGAUCUUAUGCAAGAUAAAAAUAAAGAAGUUCGACGUGUUUGUGAUAUCACAUUGGAAAUUAUCAGCGAAUAUGAUCCUGAAUGGGCUGACCGUAUCAAAGGUGCUCGCUUCCGUAAUCACAACCAAGCAUGGCUUGAAGCGAUUGAGCAACAGCAAGUAUCUUAUGACGAUGACGAAUCACCCGUCAUGAACAACCCAGGACCAGGUAGCUUCUAUUCGACGGCAGUUCAAGAUCAAGACGACUAUGUCGAUCAAUUCGCUUACGGUGAUGGCUAUCCAAUGGAUGGUCGAGAGUCACCAGAUCUACUCGAAAUACUAAUCGUUCACAAACUAAUCCUACAACGACAACACGAAGACGUGGUGUUUACGAAUAACAUUAUUCUAGAACCAUAUACAUACAUGCGUGAUGAUUACAUGGGUAUGGAUAUAGACGCUGCGAACUUUACGCAAGGUCAACGAACAUAUCAUUAA